AUGAAUAAGGGUGAAAUACCUAGGACCACUAGAGAAAUCAAGGCGGAAUUACAAUCGUUGUGGGCGAUUAAAUCUCCUUGGUCUCUCAUGCCGAUGGGAAGAGGAUUCUAUACUUUAAAGUUCCUCAACAAGGAAGAUAAAGCUGCCGCUAAACGACAUGUGAUCUGGGAUCUUCCUGCAGGUUCGAUACGUCUCCGUGAUUGGGUUCGCUUUUUUAACCCAUAUAAAGAAUCGUCCUCCUUGGCUCAAGUAUGGGUGAGAGUAUAUUACCUGCCGGUGGAGUUCUGGCAUUCGGAGGUUCUUUCGGGCAUAGGUCGAUGGUUGGGACAACCGUUGAAGAUUGAUGGUACGUCUAUUGAUGAUGAAGUAGCUCACUUUGCUCGUAUUUUAGUGGAAAUUGAUCUCUCUCAACCUCUCCCGGAAUUCAUGACGAUUGAUGGAGGCGAGUAUUUUUUUAACAUUGAAUUCAGUUAUGAAUAUAUUCCUUUAUAUUGCACUAAAUGUAAGAUAACUGGUCACUCGCCGGACAAGUGUCGGCGAGGAAAAGCAGGUAAAAAUAUGGAACCUGAGGCGAAAAUCAUUAGAGGCCCGGAAUGGAAGGCUGUUGUGGAGGACAAGAGUAAGCAGCCUCUCGAUGGAGAGGUGGCAUCUGACUCGGAGUCGGAAGAUGGAGCUAAGGAAACGAGUGUGACUUCGCACAAGGAGUUUACAGGGCCGGAUCUUUUGGAAAAUUUGUGUAACAGGAGCUCGGGCUCUAAGCAUAAUCAACUGGGGUCCCAGGAUGGUAACAGAUUCGCCAUCCUCGAAAAUUCCUCGAUUCAAGAGGAUUUGGAGACUAACAAGCAGGAUGCCAUUCUUAAGAACACAGCGGGAAACAUCGACAUGAACAUUGCUUCGGAUGAAAAUAAUAAUAAUCAAGGAAUGAGAUCUCAACAGCAAGAGAAGGGUCGGGAAUUUGCUGCCACUAAACAUAUUUCUAUGGAGCAUAGCAUCGAACAGAUGGGAGAUGCUACUGAUAAGAGGGAAUCACAGCAGCCUCUUUCGGUGGAACUUUUCACCAAACAGUUGGGGGGCGUAAACUUAAUUACGGCAGAAGGAUCUAUAUUGCAGGUUGAUGGGGAACAAAGGAUAGAACAGUGGGGGGACGUAUCGAAGAAAAUGUCAGCAGGCUCGCACCACGCUUCUCUUCAGGAGGAGCAAAUGAACGAACCAUGGGGGGAAGUUACGGAGAAUGUGGCAGCAGGCUUGACUCAGGUUUCUCUUCAAGAGGAGAGACAUGAGAGGGAUCGCGACACCAUCUCUCAGCAGAAUGCGCAGAGCACUAUUGCUCCUGUUUCGGCGGACCAAACAAGCAAGGAAAAAAAAAUUCUCGCUUUAGAAAAUGAUAUUAAAGUGGAAAGGUUAAAGCAUGAGGCCUCAGGAUCAAGCUUACCUAAACGUGGCAGAGGGCGUCCUCCAAAAAAUGAAAAGAAUCCGCGCAAUCAUAAUAAAGCUCUUCUUCUUCAGCAAGAAAGUAUCAAAAAUCGUCUCCAGAAGGCAGCUGAUGAUGGCCAUCAACCACGUGAGUAUAUUGUUGAUUAUCAAGAGUCGGAUAGUUUGCAGGCUAUGGACAACGUAGCAAACAAACGGUGGGAUAAGGAAGCGGAGCUGGGGUCUUCUCAGCCCAGAAUUAAUCAAUAA